CCCCGUCCCGGCGCAGUCGCGGCCCCGCCAUGGCGCAGCCCGGUGCCGGCGGCGCGGUGACGGCGGGCGCGGUGCUGCAGCUGGUGCGUCGCAAGGACGAGCUGGAGGCCAGGCCGAUCCGGGCCUGCUACGAGCUGCUGCGCGACAGCGGCGUGGGCCCUGACGAGCCGCUGGUGGACGCCGAGGGCUUCCCGCGGGCAGACAUCGACGUGUACCGGGUGCGGGCGGCCCGGCACAGCAUCGCCUGCCUGCAGAACGAUCACAAGGCCCUGAUGAAGCAGGUGGAGGAGGCCCUGCACCAGCUGCACGCCCGCGAGAAGGAGAAGCAGGCCAAGGACCAGGCGGAGGCGCUGGCGGAGGCGCUGAGCCAGAGCCAGAGCCAGAGCCUGCCCCAGGCUUUUGCCAGAGUUAACGCGGUGACGCCGGAGUCGCCGGCGAGCGUCUCGGGGCUUCAGGUCGAUGAUGAGAUCGUGGAGUUUGGCUCUGUCAACGUGCACAACUUCCAGAACCUGCAGAACAUCGCCACGGUGGUGCAGCACAGCGAAGGGAGACUGCUGAGUGUGACUGUCAUCCGCAAUGGCAAGAAAGUGCACCUGGGGCUGACUCCGAAGCGCUGGGCUGGGAAGGGCCUCCUGGGCUGCAACAUCAUUCCCUUGCAAAGAUGACCACUGCUUGGAAAACAAUAAAGAUGAAGCUUGUGCCUGCUUUUUGGACUCUGGCCUGGUUUGAAAACUUCCCCUGUAAUCUUCAUUUUUGCUGAAAUAGUGUUUUGGAGGCUGUGAUCUAGGUGCCAGGCUGGCAGAGUAUGAAAAGGAUGGAGCAAGGCCUUACCGCAAUUCAGAAUUGUGCUGAUUUAUGAGGAGCAGCUCGUAGAGUUGCAGGAUGUGGCUUCUCAUCUUUUAUUCCUUGUGUCACUUUGGAGUGAGGUUAGAGAGAGACCCAGGCUUCCCUUGAUACAGAUUCUGAAGAGCAUAAAAUACUCGUGUUUGGUGAUAACAGAGCAUUCCUUUUUUUUUUUCCUUCCCUUAAAAUUCCUUAAUGAACAUCUUUUUAAAAUAUUCUAAAAAGUCAUGGGGCACUUUUUUGUCUCUCUAGUAAUAGAUCGCAACAGCUGUUGGAAGUUACCAAAUACGAUGAAAGAAUUUUUGGAAUGCCUAAUUAUUUUAAGUUAAUUAAAUAAGGAAUGGGGGGGUUAUAAUUCUACUUUGUCUUACUUCCUAGUAUUUUGUUUAGUUAUGACUGUGUAAAAGUAUUCCUAACUUGAUUUUUUUAUUUGCUGGAUUUGGUUUUAGGGUGUAUGAACUCUUCAGGGGGAACUCCCCAGAACAAUAAAACUGAGUAAUGCCUCUC